UGCGUUAUCCACAGCUAUCCGGCAGACCGGCUCCCGGAGCCCGCAGACCAGACACCUCCUGCACCAUUAAAUACUCAUUCAUCGCUGCCCAGUGGACCUCGCACCUCCUGUGUAUUCUGCAUGUAGCAUAAUGCGCGUUUUACGGGGCGCCAUUUGUGUUUAGGAGGUGGAGGAGGGGGGGGGCUCUGUUUUUGUUGGGGAAAAAGGUGAAAGAAGGAGAGGACGAGGAGUGGAGAGGCGAGGAGGAGAGCGGGGGAUCCGAGCGAAGCAAGGCCUGAUCCGGGGAGAAGCCAUAACUAUGGCUAACAUCGCAGUGCAGAGGAUCAAACGGGAGUUUAAGGAGGUGCUGAAGAGCGAAGAGACGAGCAAGAAUCAAAUUAAGGUGGACCUUGUAGAUGAAAAUUUUACAGAGCUGAAGGGGGAGAUUGCAGGGCCGCCCGACACGCCGUAUGAGGGUGGGAGGUAUCAGCUGGAAAUUAAGAUCCCAGAAACGUACCCAUUCAACCCGCCAAAGGUACGAUUUAUAACGAAGAUAUGGCACCCCAAUAUUAGCUCAGUCACUGGAGCGAUAUGCCUGGAUAUUCUUAAAGACCAAUGGGCAGCCGCCAUGACGUUACGCACCGUGCUACUAUCGCUGCAGGCCUUGCUGGCCGCCGCCGAGCCAGAUGACCCUCAGGAUGCGGUGGUGGCCAAUCAGUACAAGCAGAACCCGGAGAUGUUCAAGCAGACGGCGCGGCUGUGGGCGCACGUCUAUGCCGGGGCGGCCGUCUCCAGUGCCGAGUACACCCGCAAAAUCGACAAGCUGUGUGCCAUGGGUUUCGAUAAGAACGCAGUAAUAGUGGCCUUGUCCUCCAAAUCCUGGGACGUGGAGACUGCAACUGAGCUACUACUGAGCAACUGAGUCCAGCCCAACGCGCCUGUAGGAGACACGCCUGUUCCCGCGCCCCUCUCUCCCCUGCAUUCGCUCUGGCUCUCUCAUACGUCACGCCUCGAGUCUCUGUUCGCUCCAUACCCCCAGUGUCCACCCCCCCCCCCCCCCCAUCCCCCCCAACUCCUUAUUUGGAUAAUUUGAAAUUUUCCGAAUACUUCUCCAAUUCCUCUUUUAAGGAAACCGAACAAACGGCACGGCGCUCGCAGGACGCGGACGCUCAGCCGAAAGACUGGCGAGGGGAGAGAGAAUUAAACGAGAAGCCAACGGUGACGACUAAAUUCAUCUGUAAAUAACGUUGUUAAAGAUCUGGGUAAAUUAAAAAAGGAAAAAAAAGGAAACAUCUUUUUUCUUACUUAAAAUUAUAUAAAAAAAAAAAACAACAUUGCUUUUGGAAAUUUGAGCCAUCCUUGCAGAUGGAAAAGGAUCCAGUCUAUAAUUUUUUUUAUUUAUUUUUUUUAACAAUACAAGCCUCGUUACUUGCGACGCACCCUUUGUUUGUUGUGGCGCCCAUAGUGAGCAGAGCCACUGAACGUGUCGUCAUUUGAGAGCUGAAGUCGGAGAAACCGUCCCCACAUUCCCUCGACACAAGGCCCGACUUGUGUGGCAGGUGACAGACCCAGCCGUGCCGGGAGAGUAAUAUUCUUUUUUUUUCCCCCCUCAAACUCUGUUGAGUUCAGCCUCUGGUUUCACCCUUCUUGCCCCCGUAUCUUGAGCUGUUGCCCCUGUACUCUCCGCACCCAAAAAAUCCCUGUUGCGUUUGGUCGCUUUUGUGCACAAAACCGCUUGCGGAUGGAUGGAAUCGAUAGCCGUCCCUUUGUCGGCACUUUUUAAUCCGUAAUUAACAGACAGAAGCGCCGCACGCCCUCAUUUUGACCUUCCACAUUUGGGUGGGGAGGAUUAAAAAAAGUUUAAAAAAAAGUGGCUGUAUUUAAGAGCAGUUUUUUUGUUUUUUUUUGGACUCCGUCCCCUCUGAGAAGGAUAGGAGUGUCUUUGUUUCGCGAGCUGCUGCUUGCCAGGGUCGCUGUGACCUAAUAAGAUGUGCUCUCAGUCCCCCCCCCCCCCCCCGUAUGCGGUCAUGCCCCACAGCGAUGCCACUCGCCAACAGGAUGCGGUCACUUGCCGGCCAAAUCCCAUCUCGAAAUUCACAAAGAUCGAGAUAAACAGUGACGGGGGCCUCUAGAGGCUUUGCCCCCAGAUCUCUCGGCCUCCCUAUGUACCCCAGCCUUUACUUCACGCUUAAUCCUAAGAUAACCUUUUGUUCUCUCUCCCCCCCCUCAGUGUCGCAUCGCUCCACGUCACACACUUAGCAUCCACGCGUCGGGACCGGCCGUCCUCACACGCCACGUCAUUCCGGCUCGGUCAGGACCAGGGACAAUGACCUUCUCAAAAGCGUCGUCUGUUGCCAAAUCGCAGGGGAACACUUUUCUGUCAGGCUUGUGGAAACCUGGCAUCACCGCAAGGCAUAGUGAAAGCGAUAGGGUGGGUGCUAAGCACUUUUGGUGACCGUAAGGGUAUGCCUCCUUCGUGACGAACCGAAUUUAGACAUUUUUAUUUUUUUUU